GGGGUUAGAAAUAUGAUAUGGGAAAUCUAAUAAUCUAUGCUAAGAAUUUAUUCUUGAUCAAUUGCACAAACGAACAUAUUAGAAAACCUUAUUACCUUAUUAUGAUUUCCCCGCUGUUUACAAUGAGGAUGCCCAUCCAAUUGCAUGAUGAGUAGUUCCUAGCUAAGGUUUGCCAUUUUCUUCUAUAUUGAAGAAUUACACAAUAAUAAAUGAAGUAAUAUAAAUUCCCAUGUGUAAAAGUAAAAUAUCAAAGCAACUACUUUAGGAUCGAAUUGAGAAUUUCCUCCUCUUUGUCGGCUUCUUACCAAGAAGGGUGUUUGGUCCAAGAGGCACAUCCAGAGAGCCAGCCAUCACAGCAAAAUAAGGAAAGUCGCUGUUUCACACUCUCACAGGUGGAAAAUUUUAUACCCUCAAGACAAAAUUUACCAGCUCAUCAAAGCUUGCUGCUUGCGAGGCUAUGAUGUUAAAAGAGCCAUUAAAGGAAAGUCUGUCCUUACCCGGUAUGGAGAUAAAGCCUUGCUCAGGCACAAUUCUAUUUGCAGUUAAGAGAAAGAACCUCUCUAUUUUUUUCUUCUCUGGAGUUGCCAGCUGCUUCAUUCUAAAGGCGGCACGUUCAAAUCUUCGCAUACAGAAAAAACGAGUAAUCCUUUAGUGCUUUGCUCUACUUUUUGUAAUAUUGGACUUAAUCAAAGAACUUUGCUUAAGUACCAACAAUUUUUUUUUUGUUUUCCUUCGUGGUGUUCUGAUUGUUUCUACAGAUCUAAGAUUAUGAGAUUAAAUUUUCGAUUUAAGCUGAGUUAAGAAUUUUAAGAAAAGACUAAAAAUGAUCAGUGAAUAUGAAGAGGAAAAUUGGAAAUAGCUGUAAAGAUAUUGCAUAGGAGAUAGUGAAAUGAAAAUGACGACAAGAAAAGGUGGCAAGUAGUAGUAUGACAAGGCAUGCAGUUUUUGACACAUCUAAAUAUGUAGCUCCACCCGUCUAUUUAAAGACGCUCCCAUAAUACCGAGGGAUCCCUGCUCCAUGUGAUGUCUCUCACUUUACUUCAAUUCCUUCUUCUCCAGUGACGUCUUCAAAAUGAUCAAUUGCAAUCUAAAACCUCUGUUUUUGGCGAUAAUUGUAAUUCUUACUUACGUUGUUGUGACAUCAAAAGGGCAAUUACGAGUUGGAUUCUACUCCCAGACAUGCCCAUCUGCAGAAUCCAUUGUCCGCAAUGCUGUUCAAGAAGCGGUUUUUGGUGAUCGCCAAAUGGCUCCAAGGUUGCUUAGGCUUUUGUUCCAUGACUGCUUCGUUCAGGGCUGCGAUGGGUCAAUUUUGCUAGAAAAUACCGAAACUAGUGAGAGAAGAGCAGAAGGGAACUUGGGUCUUGCAGGUUUUGAAGUGAUACAAAGUGCCAAGACGCAACUGGAAGCCACUUGCCCUGGAGUAGUUUCUUGUGCAGACAUUGUGGCUUUAGCUGCCCGUGAUGCUGUUGCCAUGACUGCUGGGCCAUUUUUUGGCAUUCCAACAGGGCGAAGAGAUGGUCGAAUUUCAAAUAUUCAAUUUGCUGCCAAUUUGCCAGACGUUGAUGACUCAAUUGAGCUUCUCAGGUCCAAGUUCAAAGAGAAAGGCCUUUCAGACAGAGAACUCGUCCUUCUCAGUGGUGGUGGGCAUUCAAUUGGAACCACUGCAUGUUUCUUCAUGCCAAAGAGACUCUACAACUUCACUGGUCAUGGCGACUCUGAUCCUGCAAUCGAUUCACAAUUUCUACCAGACCUUAAAGCUCAGUGCCCUUUCAAUGGAGAUGUCGAUGUUCGACUACCUCUUGACAGCUCCUCUGAAUUUAUAUUUGACGGCCAUAUCUUCCACAAUAUCAGAAAUGGGUUUGCGGUUCUAGCAUCUGAUGCUAGGCUUUAUGAUGACAUGCACACCAGACAGAUAGUUAAUUUCUAUAGUGGCUUCCCGAGUGUCAUUAGACGACUGUCGUUUAAAGCUGAUUUUGCUGCAGCAAUGGUGAAGAUGGGGAGUAUUGGUGUUAAAACAGGAUCGGAUGGUGAGAUUAGACGAGUUUGCAACUCUGUUAAUUAGUUUUUGAAAUAAGACAUCUAAAAUUCAUAAUUAUUCGGGUAUUUUCGCGUUAAAUAAGGUAGUUUAUCUCUUAUCUUGAAUGUUUGAUUCGAUGAGGAAAAUCCUUUGAAGAUAUCUUUUUAUUUAAACAUGAUCGUUAAAGACAAUUGUAUUUUAUAAUAAUUAAUGCUGGCAGAGUUUGUUACACUCGCUACAGGAAAAUUCGUGUCAU